AUGCACACUAUCGACCUGCAGGACAAAUCGUCGCCCACCGCCCAAGACCACUCCCAGCAGCCCCAACACCCUGCGCCGCUUGGUAUUGGCCCAGCAGCGCCUCAUCAGCAGGCUGCUAUACGGCAUGUAGAGCAGGAGCGCACCUCAGAGGAGGCGCGUCUGCACGAUGCAUGGAGCGAUGCUGGCAACACGCUACGAGACGAUCCCGGCUCAGACGACGACCGCACUGUCAUCAAUGGCAACAAGGGCCCACAGCAAGACGAGCAGGCUGUCAGGCUGAAUGGUGGAACGUCCAACGACGGUGAUGAUGGCGACAUGCAGGACGCCGACGUCGAGGAGGACAUGGACGACGACAUGAUGGACAAGAUUUCGAGUUCGCCCUCGAUAGACGAUGGUGGGUAUUCUUUACCUUGUUCCCCCACGACCUGGCCGGCAAGACAAGAGUUUACGACUCCGCAGUCUUCGCCGUUCCUCUCAACGGUCGCUUCUUCCUCCCCGUUUACGAACACGCCCAUUCAUUUUCCUAUUUCUGUCGCCAACGCUCGAAGACCACUCAGCGUCCCAGCGUCCGACACUUCUCCUAUGUCAAGGGGUCGACCUACAUCGAUUCCCAUUUCUUUUCGAUUCCCUAUACCCACGGAAAAUCAGUCAGCGGAGCAUCAUCGUGGUGAGUAUUCCUGGACAAGGGCCACCAACGCACCGGACGACAGCGACACCAUACGGAUCGAGGUCGGUAUGAGCCCGAGGACGAGACAACUCAAGGCCGUCGAACGCAGUAUUGAGAUGAGAGAAGACUCACAGGCAUCACUAAUCUCCGAACUGGACGAGGAGCAGGUCAAAAGCAUGUUGAAACCGAUCAACCGCGCACUUCUGGACACGCCGGACGAUCCGUUCCUAGAAUCCGGCCCAGGUCCACCUCGAGGGACGAGCAGCACCCCUUCUCCCGAAGAUUGUCACUCCGAAGACGAAGAGGGCUCUUGGACCACCGACAGCGAUGCCGACUCCUGGACUGAGGACAUGGACCAAGACAACGAUGAUGCAUCCAAAGACGUCUCUUUCUCUGAUGAUUCCAGAUUUAUCGACUCAGGAUGGGGAGGCGAAUGCUUACGAGAAACAGAGGAUAUCGAUUUCGAAUUUGUUUACGCCCUGCACACGUUUGUCGCGACCGUCGAGGGUCAGGCAAACGCAACGAAAGGUGACACGAUGGUAUUACUUGACGACAGUAACAGCUACUGGUGGCUAGUACGAGUAGUCAAGGACAACAGCAUUGGUAGGCAUCCGUUACUGAGUUUAAGUUUUUGCUGA